GAUAUUUAAUGCAAAAGCAAUAUGUUUGGAAAUAAGAAACAUAAUUUACCACCUAGACCUAAUUUUCCGAAUCCUGAACAUAUGUUAGAAGAUCUUUCCAAGGCAUCAGCGGAUGAUGUUGCAUUUAAAGUAGUAAACGAAGAUAAAAUCCAAGCAGAAAACUUAUAUAUUUCGACUAAUCAUAAUAAUUCCGAGGACAUUUACAAAAACGUAAAAAUUUACUUGAAUGUUAAAGAACAAUUGAAACAAUUAGGAACAAUUUUAAAGAGAGAACAGGAACAAUUACAAACAGAUAAUGAAGAAAUAAGAACACUUGCAGAUAGCAUCAGAAAACAGGCACAAGCUGCUCUUAUAACAUGAUAUAUGUUCUCUAUUAAUAAAAUUAAUUUAUAGAUUACAACUAUGUUUUAUGAUCUAUAUGAAAUGUAAACUAAUUAUUUAAUUAAUAAUUAUUUUCAUUGAAGCAUCAAAUUA